GGUAUAUAGAGCUCGGUGGCCGGGCCAGAGUCACUCUCAAACCGAGCACACCAGCAACAGCACCAUGAGCGCUAAGAUUCUUUGCUGUAUCGCCCUUUUGGGCGUGGUGUCGGCCGACACCCUAUACAGGGGCACUCCGUACCAGCCGCCGUACGGACCGUACAAACCCGCCCCGUACUCGCCCGCCCCGUAUUCGCCCGCCCCGUACAAACCCGCUCCGUACAAACCCGCUCCGUACAAGCCUGCUCCGUACAAACCUGCCUACAAGCCCGCCUACAAGCCUGCCUACAAGCCCGAGCACUACGAUGACUACAGUGACAAGCCGACCGCCUACGCCUUCGGCUACGCCGUCAACGACCACUACACGGGCACCAACUUCGGCCACCAGGAGGAGCGUGACGGUUACGCCACCAAGGGCUCCUACAAGGUCAACCUGCCCGACGGACGCGUCCAGAUCGUCAACUACGUCGCCGACGACUACAACGGCUUCAACGCCGAGGUCACCUACGAAGGCGAGGCGUACCACGAGCCCUCGUACGGCCCCAAGCCGGCCUAUCAUCCCCAGCCGUACAGCUCCAAGCCGGCUCCGUACAAGCCCCCGUACACUCCCCCGUACAAGCCAGUGUACGGAUCGUACAAACCCGUCCCCGCCUACCCCUAGACGUGAGGACAGUGUCCGAGAUUUAGGGAUGAGAUUGUCUGUGUGAGCCGUGUGAGUGUGCUGUGCGAUCAUGGGGCGUUUGGCUGAUAAAAUAAGAGGGUAUAUGGUGCUCCACAAAUGUGUGGUUGACUUCGGGGGCUCGUUCUGUCACGAUUGAUGUUCAUCAGCAUGCUUAAAAGGCUAAGAAGAAAUGCUGAAAUUUUGUGUGAAAAUGCUUAGGUAUUUAAACGGUGUGAUACGAAUUUGCUAUGUGUUGUUUGCUGAUUGCUCGCUUUAACUAUAGGCACUGGUUACAGUUAAACUGCGGAAACAUUGAAUCCACGUUUUUCUCUUUUAUAGUAUCUGCCCGCCGAAUGUAUGGACCGAUUUCAACUUAGAACUAUCUAUUUCAAUUUAACUUUGCCCUGUAUUGGUGACUGGCCAUCGUCUUUCAGCAGAACAUCCGAGGUACAAACUUAGUGCAGAAGCUGCCAUUGAAAGCGGAAUGAGUGUCAAUGAAUGUUGUGUGAAUUUCAUGUCUGUCGAUGUUCACUUCGAACGAUGCAUGCAUAUUUUGAAAUAAAGUACAACAUAAUU